CCUCUGCCUCUCCCGGUUGCUCCGCUAACUUAGAAAGUCGAGCUCUAUAGAGUGGUUUUAUUGUAAUUGAAUACAGUCAGUAACGAGAGAGGAGACAAAUAAUCUGCUAUUACAUUUAAAAAAAGAAACGCCCCAGCGCCUCCCCCUCACCAGUGCUGUGUGUUUAACCCGUGCCGACACGCUUCUGUUGAUUCGUUUAUUUGGCUGUGAUAACCCGUUAUUUGGUGAAGACGUUAGACGGCUUGCAAAAUGGUACUAUUUGGCAUCCUGUCGAUUUUAGCGUCUCUCAGAGUUUGUGGUGCCUCUCCACCUGUCCCUCUGUUCACAAAGCUGACAGCGGUGUUUGGAGACACCGUCGUCCUCCCCUGUGACGGUGCCUACUACGUGGACCAGCUGAGCCAGGGGGAGGACGUGGAGAGGGCCCUGGAGUGGUCCGCGAUGGGGCAGGACGUGCUCUCCCUCCAGGGGGAGGGGCUGACGGUGGGCAGCGGGUACGAGGGGCGAGCGUUCCUCCCUCCAGAGGGGCUUGUGAAGGGCAACUUCUCUUUGGAGCUUCGGAAGGUGGUGCUGACUGAUGCCAACAUGUACGAGUGCAUCUGGCAAGGCAGGAGGACCAUCUCCACUAUUUGGCUACAUGUCGGUGUCCCUACGACGCCAAUAGCUUUAGACGUGCCGGCGGGUUGCCCUGCGCAUCUUCCAUGUUACGGCCACGCCCCCAAGGACCCCACACAGAUGAUGGUGGGGUGGCAAAAAGACCGUCAAACUAUCCUCGCUUUCAACUGUUCCAGUGGCCUCUACUGGCCAGUCGAUUCUCACUACAUUCCUAACAAACUGUAUUUAAUGCGCAAGGGGAAUUUUACCCUUACCAUUGACUCUGUGGGGUACCAGGACCAGGGAGCAUACCGUUGCUUCUACAGGACUUCUGGAAGAACCGAGGCAGGAACACCUGCGGACAUCCAUCUGACUGUCAACUUCACUUUUCCUUAUGAGGACAACUGGGAGAGCACUCCUACCGUCACAAUGUUGUCUGACAACCUCCAAGAAGGCUCAACAGAGGGUGCUGCAGCAACCUCAGUAUCCCCGGUUCCCGCGGCCAUGGCGACAGUGACAUCAUCGCACUUGGCGUGGGGGCAGGACGAGGCGAUGACAUCGUCACCUGAGCCAGACAUCGGUCGGCUUGAGACACUCCCCUGGGUUCGUAUCGGGAUCUUAGGCGGAGUUCUGUCGCUAACUGCUCUGGUUCUUGGGAUUCUACUGGCGACACACAAGAUCUGAUGCCCCCCCCCCCCCCCUCCUCAGACAGAGAGACCGGAGCUCCACGCAUCUCUCCUGGGUAGAAGCAUACCAGGACAGCUAGAUGAUGCUGGUUCCCUCACUCCCAUGAGAUCACCUCUCGUCGCUCUUAUGUCAUGUUUGGAUCGAGGUGGGGGUGAGGCUGUAAUGUCAGGGAUUUCCAGGUGUAGGAAGGGUGGAUGCAUUUUUUUUAUGAAACCAGGCAUGAGAGUGAAGUCACAGUGUAGAAUGUGUCUUGGAUCCAAUGCCAGCUGACUAGGCUGACUAUAAAAAGGAGAUUGUUUUGUUUUUUUAGCCAGUUCUAUUACUGUGGCCAAUAAAAGGUUAAUGGCAACACUUGAUGUUAAGGUUACAUUGACUACCAUGUCACUACACAACAUCAACAACAUGUCCCCGCUGUAAUUCACUUUGGAGAAAACCACUAACUCGUAAUACCAUUUCAUGACAUAGCAGUGUUAGUGCCGUUUUUGUUUUUACUGUAUGUACUGCUUCGUCAUUUCAUGAUAGUUUGUGACCAUAAUGCUGUAGUUUGUAGCUUAUUUGAGUUAUUUGUUGGCCCAAUUCUAUUGGACCAUGUAUAUGUAUUUACCCUAUAGAUUAUACCAUCUUAUCUAAUAAUAAAACCACUGGCUUCCUCCAGUGCUCUAUUGUCAUGUCUGCAGGACUGCAGUGUUUGGUAAUUGAUUGAUAGUCUGAUCCAUGGCUGUUCGAAUUCGGAUACUUGUUGCUAAGUUGGAAUGUGGGAUUGGAAGAGGCCUCUGAUGAACUUUAGUAUGCUGCAUUUAUAGUAGCUUCUAUUAAUAUCAGGGGCAUCAGAUGUUUGAACCGACUGGAGGAUGGGGUCAGCACAUAGGUUGACGCUUUCAUCAGCAGUUUUUGAAUCAUGUUGUGUGCUGUGUUCAUGUGUGUUUGUGCUUCACAAAUAAAAUAUCUGUAGAUUC